AUGUGUUAAACAAGAGAACAACAAACAACAAAGUAUAUCAAUUCAGAAAAAAUAGCAUGGGAGUGACAGUGCUACAGCCGUAUCCAUUGCCCGAGGGCAAAUCCGGGGCCCACAUCAUUGAUCAUCUAGGUAAGCGUCUGCUGUCACUGGGCGCCACACAUGCUGGCCAAUUUUUGGUGGACUGCGAAACGUUCAUCUCAACGCCGCAGCAUGGGACACCGACACGAGCCGUUCAUGUGCUCCACGACUCGGAGUUUCCAGCAUCGACUUUCUCCAUAAUUGACAAUGGCACUGGCAAACAGGUGGCACUCGUGGCCGAUGCCAUUUUCGAUCUGCUAAUGCUAAAAAUGACAUCGACAUUCACAUCCAAGAAGCAGACAAAAAUUGAGUCACGCGGCGCCCGCUUUGAGUAUGGUGAUUUUGUGAUCAAACUGGGAUCCGUUACCAUGAUGGAGCACUUCAAGGGCAUACUGAUCGAGAUUGAGUACAGGCCGUGCAUAACGCUCUCGUAUUGCUGGGAAAUGAUACGCGAAAUGCUGCAGGGCUUCCUCGGCAUCAAUGUGGCCAAGGAGUAUCCCACAUAUUUCACCACACAGACGAUCAUGAAUGCGAUGGGGCAACAGCAGCUGCACGCCAAACAGAACGAUCUCUAUGAGCCGAUGGACACCGUUAAGCAGUAUCUGGAGCACUUCACCAACUAUCGCAAGCAUGUCCAGCUGCACGGCGGACUGGGCAGUUCGGGUCUAUCGGUCAAUGGCCCGGUGCUGAUGCCCUCGACGGUUGUCGGUGUUGGCAUGGGGCGUUCCUGAUGCGAGGUGAAGCUGGAGCCGCCAGAUCUCGCCUAGCAGUAUCCAGCCACAUUCUUCAACAGUUAAAAAUAUAAACAGGAAACAACUAAACUCAGCUCGAAAUUUGAAUGAUUUUGUUCAUCUUGUAUUAUCAUUAUUAUUUUAUAUUUUUUAUUAUUUUUUUUUUAACAUAAUAGUUGUAUAUAUAUAUAUAUAUAUACAUAUAUAUAUAUAUAGUAUAUGUAUAUGUAUGUGUAUGUUAAUAUCUUAUCAUUUGUGUAUAUGCAAGUUCUCGCACGAUAAACUUUCUUCUGCAAAGUACAGUUGCGUCCAAUGCGUUUCAUGUGUAAAAAAAAAAAAAAAAUAUUGGAAUUUUUCAUUCUCAAGCAAGCGCAAAAUGUAGUCGAAAUAUUUUUACAAAAUAGCUCUUCAACAAAUUGUUCACGUGUCUCCAUUUAUGUACUUUCAAACUGUUAUACAAAACAAUAGCUUAUAAUUUAAAAAUGCGCAAAGUAGGCGAGCCAGAAAACGAUAUCGAUAUAA